AUGAUUCAUUCAACAAAAUUUACAAUUCUGUUGGCAGUUGUUGCUUUUGCAAAUGUUGAACUGAAUAAUUCUUCUGAAAACGAACAUCAAACAAAAGAAAAUGCCGAAGAAGUGGGUAGCGUUGGGGCCGCCGGUGUGGGUCUGGAUGCUGAGAGAAGAAGACAUGAAAAAGACCCGAAUGGCUAUCUUCUCUUCUGCUUGUGCAUGGGUCGUGUGGGAAACCAGGUAGAGCAUUUUUUGGGUGGGCUAGCCUUUGCAAAGUCGAUUAACAGGACUCUAAUACUGCCUUCUUUCAGAACUUAUGUUGGUAACAAUAAGAAUAUACCUUUUAAUGAAUGGUUCCAAAUAGAACCACUUACAAAGUACCAUAGAGUUAUUCUUGCAGAGGAGUUUAUGGAACAUUAUGCUGAUGAUUACUGGCCUGCCAAUAAGAGAUUUGGGUUUUGUUAUGGCAAUAAGAAUAAUAAUGAAGACUGCAAAAUGAAAGAAGGUAAUCCAUUUGGACCAUUCUGGGAUGGGCUGGGUGUAAAUUUUGUCAAAGAUGUCAAGUAUCAGAUGACUUACUCCAAUGAAUUCGACAGAUGGGCAGCUGAGUUUCCUGCUGCUCAGUAUCCAGUGAUCUCAAUGAAGGGGGCGCCAGCAACCUUUCCAAUGGACCCAUCCCACUGGCACCUGCAGAAAUAUCUCAUCUUCUCCGAUCAGUUGAAGAAGGAGGCAGAUGAUUACAUCAACAAACACUUUCCUCAAAGGCCAUUCAUUGGACUCCACCUCAGGAAUGGACCAGACUGGGAAAAUGCCUGCCAGGGGGCAGUAGGAACAGCCAGCUACAUGGCCUCACCUCAAUGUCUACAGGGCACCAACGACCUCAUCACCAAAAAUAUGUGCCUUCCAUCUACUGCUGAAGUUCUCAGGUUAACUAAGAAUUUAGUUAUUACCCAAAGAAUAAAGGUGGUAUUUGUUGCUACAGACAAGUACCCGCUUCUGAAAGAGUUGAAAGAGCAUUUGAGCAAUAAAAACGUUGACGUUUUCCAUGCAGAUCCCUGGCUACCCUUAGUUGACUGGGCCAUUCUUGUUAGGUCCAAUUAUUUCAUAGGCAAUUGUGUAUCAUCUUUCACCUCAUUUGUUACAAGAGCCAGAAAUGUUGACGAGAAGCCCACUUAUUUUUGGGGCUAUAGUAAAGUAUAA